GUGUCAAUCGGAAUGGCAGCGUAAGUAAUUAUUUGCGUUUAAUUGAAAUUGUACGCAUUCACAAACACACAUUUUGGUUUUUAUAGCAUGAAAAUGCGACACAAUUAAUUUCCAUCGAAGGCCAUAUAUCGAAAUUCAUUAUAAUAUUUGAUUAAAGUCAAGUUGAAGAAAAAUUAAGGAGUCAAGCCUGUGCAAGAAGUUUGGUACAAAGCAACCGCAUUCCUCUCUCCACGGUUACGUUGUUCGAGCGACGAGAGCCGGUUAAAGAAGUGUGUUCUGAUGAAUGAACGAAUGGAUAAACGGCAGUAGCGGUCGCGGUAUUCGCAGUUUAUACUACUUGAAGCAGCCACUUUAGUCAGUCCCUGAAGCAGUAUCCAGUCAGCACGAAACAAUACUUAAAGAACAGCGCUUAAACUACUUUAAGUACUCAUUGUCAGUGAUCCUCUACCGAAUUAAUUUACUUCUGCCAUGGGAAUGCAAUUGGACCACAAUGAAUAAUUAUAGUCAGAUGCAACUGAAUUUCAAUGGAAGUGCGUGUACUGUCUAGGGAAACUGAAGAUGUUUGGUUCAGCUAGAGACCAUUCUAAAAUUUAUGAACAAAUCUGCUGGCUCGUCGUGGAAUCGACGAGCGACGUCUUUCUGCCGAGUGUUUUUGACACGAGGCGGUCUCCCCAAUCGAUCCAGGCCAGAAUAGCCGAACCGGAAGUAGGACGUUUAGGCUCGAUGGGAAUGACAACGGAGAGAGUGACUUAACUUUCGAAUUUCGUCGGAUCUUCCUGAAUCACUUGAAUGAAUUUACUUGAUAAGAUGCCAACUAAAAUUCCAGAAAACGUUUGAUAAACCAGUCUGAUCAUGGUAGACCGUAUUUCCUCCGAGUUCCUCUUUAACAUACAGUCUAGCGCGCAGUGCAGUCUCCAGUGCAACGGUUGUAUGACAAUUGCCAGCUGAUUGCGAUCUUUCACCCGGGGGGAGAGAAAAAAAAUUAGCGACGCAGCCCGCAAUCAACGUGUCUCAGAAGCGGCGUCGUGGCUAGGUCUGCUGUAUCGACCUAAUACUUGCUACUUCACGGCACCUCGUAAAAUACGGUGAUUACUGCACGUGAUUUCGGGGAGAAAACCAUAAUAGCCGACCCUGACCGUCAGGGCUGGUGCGAACAUUUGCGGAGAUGGGUUCCUAAAACCUGGAACGCCUCAAGAUUAAAACACUUCAACAUUGAAACGCGUCCAGAUUGGAACGGUUUAAGAUUAAAACACCUCAAACUUUGGAACUUGAAUAGUCCGAGCUCAGAACGCAUCAAACUUGGAGUGCUUAAAGCUUAAAACGCCUUAGACUUGAAAAGCUUCUAACUCAAAAUUUAGGACAUUUCAAGAUUGGAAUAUUUGAAACUCAUCAUGGAGCUUUUAAAAGUACCAGGGUGAACUCUGUUCGUGCCGGCCCUGCUGACCGUUGAGAAAUUGUCCCAACGGAACGAACAAGUCAGGAAGAUCCUCCUACACAAUUUAUAGAUGCAGUAAUUUGGCCCCAAACACUGCUAGUGAUUGAAUCUUGAAAACUAGUGAAAAUUCGACAACAGUACUCUAACGGGAUCAAAUUGAUUGUGAAAAGAUUGGACGAGCUUUUUUCUUGACGUUCGAUAAAAUUUCCCGAGAACCGUUUUCAAAUUUAUUCGGGUUCAGAGGCUUGAGCCUCAUCGCCGUGACGAGCAAUUAAACGCAAAAACGAGAGAGGAUUCCCUGCAGUCGGAGGGGAUGAUGGGAUCACCGAACAAGAUCGAUGAAAGUUACUUGUCUUUCAGCUAGAGUGUAUCAGUUUCAACGCUCAACGUUGGAAAAUCUGUACGUGAAACAGGAUAUACUGGCUUGAACCGGGGUCACUGGAAUUCGAACAACGUCAAUCCUGAACAUGCAAAUUGCUAUUCAAACGAGACGUAAAAAGUAGAAACUACUUUUACCACGAACCAUUAUCGUUCCGGCUAUAAAAUUUUAAGCGAGGAGUUUAACGAAGGAAUUCUGCAAAAAUUCUAUUGGUUGCGGAAUCUUCGAGAAGCAAAAAGACACGGAAGUGUGUCAGCAUCAGUUUGCGGUGAGAAGAAAUCUUGAAAAAUAGAAAAAGAAAUAGAAGAAGGAACUCGAAAAUCGACUUUCGUCCGUUAGAAAAAUUGAUUGAGCGUCGUCUGGAGGAGCGAGGGCCGUGGCGAGUACGCGAAAAGAAGAGAAGUGCCGGGGGCGCGUGUGCGCAGUACCCUCGACCAACAUGUCCGCCCGGCUGCUCCAGGUAGUCGUGGUUAUGCGGCGCGGUGCGUUGCACACCGUCGUCAGGCGAAUGCUCGGUUUCCGUGCGAAGUUGGUCCGCGCAACGCGUGUCUCGUCUCGGCUGGCUUGGUCGAGGCGUUAAAGAAGUCGCGGGAGUCGCCUCCUGCAGGAGGCAGGCUCGUUUCUCGUCCCGCGUUCUCGCAGUGCACGAGGUGGCACAGCCUCUGGAGAGACUGGAACUACGACGGAGGGACGGAUAGAGUGCUCGUGGGAGUGCAGAACCGCGGAAGAGACAGGGAGAGCCGGGGAGAGACAGAGACAAGCCGGAGGAGUAGUAGUGAGCGUGUGGGAGAGAAAGAGAGAGAAGGAGAAGCUUGAGGCAGGCGCGCGUAUUGAUUCCCGCGUGGCGUUAUACGGUGAGGUGAGAAAGCUGCAACCGGAAGACUCGUGCCGCUUCCUUCUUGGCCGCUGAAAAAUCGGAGGAGACAGCCUCGGCCACCAUCCAGCGGGAUUCCCGGGCUUCGAAGCUGCUCGUCGUCGCCGCUGAAAGGAGAGUGGGAGAGGGUGACCCGUGAAUCAGAAUGAGAGAAACCAUUCAGAUCUACUCGAGCAGGGACCCGUCGGCCCUUCGCACGAGAAAUGAUUUUUAGAAGGAAGAGGGCAUGACGCACCGAACUCAUGCAGUGGCGAAAACACGUGCGCAUCAAGUACGGUGGUCGAGUCGGUGUCGGUCAAGGGCAGCGGGAGCGGGAGCAGGUGCAGCUGCAGGUGCGCGUGGUGCAGCUGCAGCGGGAAGGGGGCGCACGACUCAGCUACGUCUGUCAUCAGCCUCAACUCUCGUCGACGGCUCGCCGUGGUUGCAGUGCAGCAACCAUGCUCUGCUGCGGCCGCAGAAAAGAGGGCCGGGGGGAAGUGACAGACAUCAGCGCAAGUCCUGGAAGGCAAGCACCUGCCAACCAGUUGCGCCCCAAGGAGCCACCCCCCAUGGUUAUUCAGGGAGACUUCAGGAAGGUGAGCGGGAUCAGUACGGAAAUCUUCAAGCAAAUCGAGACCGUCGAAAACGAUCAUGACGCCUCGACAGCAGCGGCCCUCGAAGCUGUCGAGCGAAGGGGUGAGAUGGUCGUCAGGGUCAUCGAGCCACGACAAAUGGGCAGACAGGCAUCCGAGGCGGCGAAGAAGUUCAUUGCUAUGCAGGAUCCGAAACACCCCAUCCACUUUGUCGAAAUAAUCAAAAGGCCAGGGCAGACGCUGGGACUCUACAUCCGAGAGGGUAACGGGGUGGACAGAAACGAUGGCGUCUUUAUUUCGAGGAUAGCCCUGGAGACUGCUGUGUACAACAGCGGCUGCUUGAAGGUUGGGGAUGAGAUCCUCGCGGUGAAUCUGGUGGAUGUGACGCACAUGAGCUUGGACGACGUGGUGAUUAUCAUGUCGAUACCUAGGAGACUUGUCCUGGCGACGAGGCACGGCCAGCAUCAACCAGUCUCUCACAGUCGUCAGACCGAGCACAAAGCACCACCGGUUGUAGUGAUCAAAAGAGAGCUAAACGAGGAUGAGAGUGAUCAUGCAACGAGUAAUCAUGUCAGGGAUGGUAACCGUAGACGCGGUGACGGUCGUGAAAUGCUGCCUUCCCGGUCGAGACUGGGUCUGACGGGUCUGGGUUCCAGUCAGGAUCUAGGAUCCAGUAAUGGUGAUCUGUAUUACAAUUCCAGACCGGAAGGACACUGGUCCUAUCAGCCACCACCACCGCCAGUAAUCACGCACCAGCCAAAACCAUCCACGACGCAGCAUUUCCAGCCAUACGAGCGUGGAUACCCAAAAACUUUGGAAAGCUUGGCUGAAAAAGUACACUCCUUCUACACGGGGCCAGUAAUGCCCUCAAACGGUGGUCGUCGAAUGUCUACGGGUGCAGGAAUGCAGUCAGUUGGCAGUAGAUUGUCUAGUCAAACUCAGUCGUCGCAUUACGGUUACGGUCAACAUACCAGCAGUGGAAGAAUCAUGCCCAGAAGUGGCUCGGAUCAACAUUUGCCCCGAGUCGAUUACACCAGCAUCACCACACCAGCUCGACACACUCUUCUCAGAUCCAGCUUGAAAUCAGGAACGUCAGCAUUGAGAUACAAUACAAGAUACGGCACCCAAGGGGACAGUACAACAUCGACUCAAAGGCAAGGUCAGUUUGGCACCUUAACAAGGAGGCAUCGACCGUCGUUGGACUAUGCAUCUGACACCGAGGCAACGUGUUCCAGUUCACCAAAGUCGGCGUACUAUUACUAUAGGAACAAUAUGAAUAAUCCAUCGCAGAGUAGCGCAGUCUCGCAUCUUGCCACCUUGUCUAGAUCGCAAAUUGGUCAGAGUUCCUCCGGUCUGAGAUCGAACUCGUUGCCUCGCAAUACUACUAGAACGUUGCCUCAGCAACCUGGUCUUAGAUCUGGGCUUAGCACAGUAGCAUCUGGACUGAUAGAUCAAGAGGACAGCGAUGGAGCACUGUCAGCGCCUGAAUUGCCUUCCAUCAGACGUGACAGAGGAAGAAUACCGUCAUCACCUAGUGUGUUCACGUCGGAUGAAUACCGAGCAUGGCUGAGUAGAACACCGAGCACCAGUGCAUUGUACGAACAAAUUAGAGCAACCACGACUAGACCACCGCGUUACACUUACAGCGCAGAAAAUAUUCACGCAGCUGUGAAUCAAGGGGAAUAUGGAAGUUACGGUGCAUAUAGACCGCUCUCCAGCACGCUUGACCGUCUCUCGACAAGGUCAGCCUCAGCGCAACAAGUAAAUCUAGCCAAUCUGAGAGCAUCGACGGCGAUCAGUUCAACGUGUCAUCGUGGAACGACGAAUCCAAGACCGGCCUCGGUUGCAUCGAGUGCUCGAACAUCCCUGACAAGUCAGAAACCAUCGUUGAGUAGCUCGGCCACCCAAAGGGCGACGUCGGUUAGGAGAAUCAGAAACUUGCUAGACCUAGAGUCCACGAGAAGCAUACCCACCCCCACGCCUACCAGAACUCAGGAUCAAAGACUGCUAGAUAUUAAUCCUGCAGAGUUCCUCAAAUAUAAAAUAGAAAAGCCGCCAACUGUGGGAACUCCGAGCUCGACCAGUUCUCUCUUGAGUUCGCUCGGAGAAACCAGUAGCGGAGACCUGGCAGGUGGGAUCAGUGGACUGCUUUGGGUCCAUCUUUUAGCUGGGCGCGGUCUUCGUUCGACGACGUCUUCGUCUGCAGCUACCACACCCUCGACGCCAUCAGGUCAGCCUAAUUUAGCUAGCUGUGGCUUGAGAGACUUGUAUUGCGUACUGGAGUGCGACAGGGUACACAAAGCAAGAACAGUGGUACGAACUGGUGAUCUGAUGUUUGACUGGGACGAGACCUUCGAGCUGGACCUCGUUGGCAACCGGCAGUUGGAUCUGCUCGUCUACUCUUGGGAUCCUCAGUAUAGGCAUAAGCUAUGUUACAAAGGCUCGGUGCACUUGGCGUCCCUCCUCAAGGAGUCACCUCUUCAACAACUGGCUGUCAAGGUCGAGCCACGUGGCACAAUUUAUUUAAGACUGCGAUAUAUUGAUGCUCAGCAAACGUUCCGAAGGAGAGGACUGCCAGUCAUAUCUUUGGCCACCAGAGUUGCACCUCUUUUCGGAGUUGACCUUGAUACAGUGGUGAGCCGAGAGAGUAAAACUGGUGGAGUUCCUGGAGGUGUGUCCACUGCCCUGGCGAUGGGUGUUCCAAACGUACCUAUAAUCGUUUGGCGCUGCGUCGAAGAGGUUGAGAGAAGAGGCCUCGAUAUCAUUGGUUUGUACAGGCUUUGUGGAUCAGCAACAAAGAAGAGGAUACUUAGGGAAGCCUUUGAAAGGAAUGCUCGUUCGGUGAAUCUGUCACCUGAUAAUGUUCCAGACAUCAACGUUAUUACUGGCGUGCUGAAGGAUUACUUGCGAGAACUUCCAGAACCACUUUUCACAAAGUGCCUCUACCAAAUGAUGGUCGAUGCACUAGCCGUCUGUUUGCCAGACGACCCACAAGGCAGCGCCAAACUUAUGUUCAGUAUACUCGACUGUUUACCAAAAGUGAACAGGUGCACACUAAUUUAUUUGUUGGACCACCUGGCGAUGGUGGUGUCACAAUGCAACAAAAUGUCACCAGCAAGUCUUGCGGUCUGUUUCGGACCAGUUUUGAUGUUACAUUCUGAGGAGAAUGGACCACCGUUAGACUUCCAACAGCCAAUCGCUGUACUCAAGUAUCUCCUCGAAAUAUGGCCUGUUAAGUCAGUUCGGAAGAUUUCUUCAAUCGCUUCAGCGCUUCCUCGAGUUACGCAAGCAGCAGAGCACAACAGCAGUCAACAGCAACUGCAGCAGCAGCAGCAGCAGCAGCAACAGCAACAGCAACAGGUGCAGCAUCAGCUGCAGGGAACAUUGGGACGAACAGGGCUGCCCUGGCAGCAGCAACACUCACUUCAUCAACAGCCCCCAACUUCAACAACCGCAGUCCUCGCGCCCUCCACUCGGCCUCCACCACCGGUCAAGCCCCGGCAGGUGAUAGUCUCGUCUCCCGGUUCACCUAGCAGCGAGGAGUCGGAAGCCUCGCCGGAGCCAAUUAACAAGAGCCUCCUGGGCGGCCUAGGACUCGAGAAAGGCAACGAAGGGGUCACGACGAACUCGACUAGCCCUGGAACAGAACAAAUCACUCCGUCAAGCAGCGUCGACACCGAGGAAGGAAAUACACCGCAUCAGGAAGAGGGCGAAAAAGGCGUCGAGGGUGACGCCGAAGCCAGUGACGACGAUCGACACCAACAUGUACCCAAGACGCAUUAGAUGACUCUUUGAAAACACUGGGAUCGAGUCGGGGGUGCGCGUCUUGAAUAGUAUGAACGUCUCGGUUUCGUUGAUAGUUCGAACCAUUCGAAGGAUCAAAUUGAGUGACUGUUAAUGUAAAUCGCCAUGAAACAGUAUUGGGCACUGAACAUAUAUAUUACCGAUUCGUUGUUGAAAUUCUACACAGACUCAUAGUCUGCUAGUCUAACUAAUUUGUUCUGAAAAAUGAAGUACUUGUAAUCGAUGUUUCAGUUUUGCCCAACGCUGAUGAUACAAAGUAUAAACAUGAAAUUCGAGAGUUGUUAAAAUAGGGAAUUCAUAUCUUGAUCGUGAGGGUUUUGUUAUUCGCAAGCAUGUUUUCUUUAAAACCCAAGGGAAGAAUGAAAGCGAAGGUCAUUGUUUACCAAUCAGAAGUGCAUUAGUUUAUUGGUAGGAUGUUUUGAAUAAUUUUAAGCCUUAAGAAUUUCUCUUUCGUUUGAAUUCAAGAUUCUUAUGGUGCAUGAAAGAUAAAAGAAAGAAGAGAUAUUCCUUUUA